AUGUCCGAAGCGACAGAGCACUCUUUCUCCAACCCCGCCGAAGAAGCGGGAGCAGCAAAGCUCUGGUCUGUGUAUGUCGAUGAAGCUGAGCGCUACGACAAAUCCCUCGUCGCGAGCUGGAAGAGUGAUAUGGAGGGAAUGUUAAUAUUCGCUGGUCUGUUCUCUGCUAGUCUGACCGCCUUCCUGAUCGAAAGUUACAAGACUUUGGUCCAAGAUCCUGGCGAUGCGACAGUGGAGCUUCUGCAACAGAUACUAGUGGUUUCUUCAAGCAAUUCCACGCUUACUCCUCUCACCCCCGAGCCAUUCAAACCGACCACCUCGUCUCUCGUCUGUAACGCGUUGUGGUUCAUCAGUUUGGGAUUGAGUCUUUCUUGUGCUCUAGUUGCAACGUUGCUGGAGCAAUGGGCUCGCGAUUUUUUACACCGUGCCAACAUGCGGUCAUCGCCCGGACAACGGGCGAGAAUCUAUUCGUACCUGUACUAUGGCUUGAGACGGUUCAAAAUGCACGCAGUGGUGGAAAUUAUACCGUCCCUGCUUCAUGCUGCGCUGCUCUUUUUCUUUUGCGGCUUGGUUGUCUUUCUUGUUCCUGUGAAUAAAAUCAUCGCAGCCCUUGUCGCUGGUAUCCUAUUCCUUGUCGUCUUCUUCUAUGUGUUCCUAACCAUUCUACCUUUGAUCCACUUCGACUCUCCAUAUCGGACGCCACUUUCAAAUGCAGUCUGGGGAACGUACCAGUUUUGUUCCCGGUUGUGGCACCAACCACCCAAGCUUAGGACAAUUCACCCUAUUCCCAUAACAAUCAUCGACAAUGUGAUUGAACAAGCUAUCAUGCCGUCGGACAAUCGCCAAAAACGCGAUUCUUCCGCCCUUCUAUGGACUGUCGACUCUUUAUCAGACAACAAUGAACUGCAGACAUUUGUCGAGGCCAUUCCGGAUGCCAUGUGGGGGCCAUACAAGCAACAUCAUCGAAAUGUUGCGGCAAUGACCGCCUUACGCGACUCGGAAGAGGUCAACUUAGCAUUCAGGAUCAGUGAGCUCUGGCGUAGCUGCGAUGAUGGCCUGUUGUCAGAUGAGGCGGCUGAGCGACGCGGAGCCGCGUGCCUGAGGGCAUUCUGGGCACUGUAUACCAUUCCCACUCAGUUCAACUUCUCGUAUCCCCAUAUACUUCCUCUCAUCUUGCUGCACUUUCCAUGGCGCACUGCUCGGUUUACCGCUUCGAAUUCGUCGAUUUACGUCUCCAUAUGGGCAGUGGCAGGUUGGAGCGGCCUCGCGUGGUUGCGACAGUAUCUUGACCAGUACUUGGAUCCCAGUAUAUGGGCUCAGGCUGGCGUCAGUCGUGACUUUACGCCGGUUCUACACUAUAUGCGCCAAUUCCAUCUGUCUUCGGCAGAGAUAAACCGACAUGCCCAAAGCCUCCAAGUCUUGACGAAUACCCAACAACAACUUGUCGCCGCUUCUCAGAAACUUUACAAUUCAAUUUCUUAUCAUAUUCUACUCGACUAUGUCAGGACGAUCGCGGUGGCGGAGUCGCCCCCAUAUCGUUGGGUAGACACGCUACGGAUUAUCUGGCCUGAAGAGCUGCAGUCGACACGGAAUAAUCUUAUAUUGCAAUCCACUGCAGCGAUUCCUGACAUAACCGACGACAACUUGAAGCUCCUCGAGGAAGUCGAGGCUGCGAUGGAUUUUGUUUGUAUCUGGUCUUCUCCUGGUCCUCUGUCUCGCGACGCGAUGGUUGAGCUCUGUUUUCUUUGGCGACCACGACAAGCGAGAUGUAUCCCCGCUGGCCUCAUCAGCUACAUCAAGCACCAUGGCAUUGAGCCAGACACACUGGUUCCGCACACUGGCUCCGCCUUCUGGAACAGCCAAAUAUGCUCGCUCCUCAAGCAGACUGCAGUCUCCCGCUAUAUCUGGCGCUGUUUCCCAGCGACCAUCACGUCUGAUGAAUUCCUUGAGGACACACUUGCGGCGUUCUGGGUGGUCGUCGACGCAAUCACUGAAUUUGGAAGAUCCAUCACGGCAACAUCGACCGACGAGUUCGAUGCGGUUGUCCAGGCUCUGAUGGUGUGCCCGGCGCCGAGCGCCACGGCGGUCCUGCUCGCUGUUAAAAGUGUCCGCUUGUGGAUCCAAAUAAAUGAUUACACAAUGUCCUGGUCCGAUCGUCGCCGAAACCUCGGAGUUGUCGUUGCCGUGAUCGCCGAUUUCCUUGAAGAAUGCAACAUAGCCGACAUCGUUGAAGCGCAACGUGCUAUCGCCGCGCUGCGCAUUGUCCUCAAUCUUGACGCUCGAGUUUUAAAUUUGGUCGUGGACGAGGCCCAGCAGACUCGUUUUGCCCGCGGAUUGCUGCGGGUGGCGCAGAGCUCUGAGCCAGCAGCAGGACACAUGGUCGUGCGGAAGGUGCUUGAGGGCACUGUGUUUGACCCAUCGGACGGUGUAGAUCGAUUUCACUGGGUGAUGGAAGCUGCUGCCCAAGCCGAUAUGCGUCAUGUCCACUCAUUAUUAGUGGAGCCUGGUGCGACUGAGGAUUAG